AUGGAGAUGGAGAGGAAGUUAGAAGGCUUUCCUUUGUUCAUGCAGCAGUUCGCUGCUCUGCUGAAGAAGAACUUCCUUCUGUCAUGGAGGAAGAAGAGAGCCACCUCCCUCGUGCUCAUGUCGUCCUUCAUCUUCAUGUUCAUCAUCUUCUGCAGCGAGGAGGCUUACAGGUCGAGGCUCUCUUCCACCACCUACUAUGACAAUGCGCUCGAUCCUCCUCCUCUGGUCUCCCCACCAAUCCCCGAAUGCGAGGAGAAGAUAACGAUCAAGCUUCCCUGCUUCGACUUCGCAUGGAGCGGCAACGGAAGCAAGCGCAUCUCCGCCAUCGUCCACAACAUCAUGAAGAACAAUCCUGGAAGGCCGAUUCCUUCUCACAAGGUGAAAUCAUUUGAGACGGCAAGUGAAGUGGAUCAAUGGCUGUAUGGCAACCCCAUGCAUUGCCCAGGGACUCUGCACUUCUUCGAGAGGAACUCCACAGUGAUCAGUUAUGGGAUCCAGACCAACUCAACCACCGUGGCAAAAAAUUGGAACUUCGAAGACCCAACUUUCAAAUUCCAAAUCCCACUCCAAAUUGCUGCAGAGCGUGAGAUUGCCAGAUCACUGAUUGGAGAUGACCAUUUCAACUGGACUGUUGGGCUCAAAGAGUUUGCACACCCUGCAUUAGGAAUGUUCUCUGCUGCUGGGGGUUCAGCAUCAUUGUUUUUGGCAGCUGCAUUGUUUGGUUUCGAGUUUCAGAUGAGCAGCUUGGUUGCAGAAAAGGAUCUCAAGCUUCGUCAGGCACUCACCAUAAUGGGUCUCUUUGAUUCUGCAUAUUGGUUGUCUUGGCUGGUGUGGGAGAUUUGCUUGACACUUCUGUCAUCACUUUUUCUAGUAUUGUUCGGCAUGAUGUUUCAGCUCAGAUUUUUCCUCAAGAACAGUUUUGGGAUACUCUUCUUUCUGUUUUUCCUCUUCCAAUUCAAUAUGAUUGGGAUUGCCUUCAUGUUAUCUACAUUUGUCAACAAGGCAUCAUCAAGUGGUAGAUUUGGGCUAUACAUUCUCAUCAUUGGCUUUAUAACCCAGCCUAUGACAAGCUUUGGAUUUCCAUAUCGUCUUGAUGUUUCAAAAUCAAUAAAGGCAGUAUGGUCCUUAUUCUCUCCAAAUCUUCUCGCUGAAGCCCUUGUACUACUGGGACAUGCAACAGCCACACCUCUUGACACAGGAAUUAGUUGGUCUGAUCGUGCAAAGUGUCCACCAGCAGAUUCUGACUGUUCAUUAACCAUUGAUGGCAUCAUGAAAUGGCUUAUAUCAACAUCCUUCUUAUGGUUCAUUCUGGCAAUUUACUUUGACAAUAUCUUUCCAAAUCCAUUUGGUGUGAGGAAGCCUUGGUUUUACUUUAUGCAAUCUACAUACUGGACUGGGAAAGGAGGCAAUGCAGCCAUAGAAGGGGGGACAUGCAGUUUCAUGAAUUCAAUACCAGCCUCAAGUACUGAAACUCCAGAUGAUGAAGAUGUUCUUGUUGAAAAUACUAUAGUAAGGCAACAGGCAAUGGGGUCUGCAGUUGAUGAAAAUGUAGCUGUUCAAGUUCGCGGGCUUAGAAAAUCAUAUCCUGGAAAAAGGGUUGGAUGUUGUAAAAGAUCUGCAGAACACCAUGCUGUGAAGGAAUUAUGGUUGAACUUUGCCAAAGAUCAGUUGUUUUGUCUCUUAGGACCCAAUGGAGCUGGAAAGACUACUGUCAUAAAUUGCUUGACUGGCACUACACUCGUAACUGGUGGAGAUGCGCUCAUAUAUGGGUAUUCUAUCCGAAGUUCUGCUGGUAUGUUGGCAAUCAGGAGGAUGUUAGGAGUUUGUCCUCAGUUUGAUGUGCUAUGGGAUACUUUAACUGCCGAAGAACAUCUGCAGCUUUUUGCUAGAAUUAAAGGCCUAUCUCCUGGCUCAAUCAAAUUGAUUGUCGAGCAGUCACUGGUACAAGUAAAACUUACUGAAUCUGCUAAAAUGGGAGUUAUGAGCUUUAGUGGGGGAAUGAAACGCCGCCUCAGUGUUGCUAUAGCACUUAUUGGAGAACCAAAAUUGCUUUUCCUUGAUGAACCAACUACUGGCAUGGAUCCUAUUGCUAGGAGGCAUGUGUGGGACAUCAUUGAGGAUGCAAAGAAAAGAAGUGCAAUCAUCUUGACAACACACUCAAUGGAAGAAGCUGACAUUCUAGGUGACAGAAUAGCAAUUAUGGCAAGAGGAAAGCUCUGUUGCUUAGGGACCUCAAUAAGGUUGAAGUCACGUUUUGGUGCUGGCUAUGUUGCUACUGUUAGUUCCUAUGGAGGCGGCCCUGAACAUAGUCUAAAUGGCGGUGAACAAUCCCUUCCAAUUGAGCCACAACAUAAGCUUGUCAAGCAAUUUUUUAAAGAGAAACUGGACGUAGAGCCAAAAGAAGAAACGAAGGCCUUCCUGACUUUUGUCAUCCCUCACGAAAAAGAAGCAUUAUUAGCCGAUUUCUUUGUAGAGUUACAAGAGAGAGAGCAAGAGUUUGGAAUUUCAGAUAUUCAGCUUGGCCUUACAACACUAGAAGAAGUAUUUUUGAACAUAGCAAAAAAGGCAGAGUUAGAGUAUGCUUCUUCUGAGGGGAAUUUGGUGACUCUUAACUUAUCAUCUGGUUCCUCAAUAGAGAUAAGCAAAGGAGCAAGGUUUGUGGGUAUUCCUGGAACUGAGUCAGGAGAGCGCCCAAGAGGAGUCAUGGUUGAAGUCUAUUGGCAACAAGAUGAUGCUGGUGAACUGUGCAUUUCUGGUCACUCGGAGGAAAUUGCCAUUCCACCUCUGGCUCAGGAGGUUACACCUAUUACACCCACUACUUCCUGUGGAUUUUCAAUCAGAAGGCGCAAACCAGUAGUGGGGACUAUCAUCUAUCCUGAACAAGUUCAGAAUGCUAACAACAGCUAGUUUAGGACACAGAUGAAGUCAUCCACAGCUGCAUGCAUUUAGUCACAUGUUUUAAGUUACACAUUUGUGCGUGUUGUCAGAAGAACCUUAGUCCUGUAUUUCUGAAG